AUGACUAGUUUAACAAAGGUUACCAGUACAUCCACUAUUACUAGUACCAAAGGUUCUACUGUUACAAAACGUACUAUAAAUUUGAGUCGUACUCGUACAAAUACCGUCACUAGUAGUAAUGGAACAAGUCGUUCUGCUAGUCAGACACGUAGCCGUAGUAGUAGUAUAUUCAGCAGAAGAUUAUAUUCAUUCCAGGAUUUACCAUUUUGGCAACAAGAUAAUGAUAAAAUUUUAACAGGUUACGUGAGAGAAACUAAUUCAUUCUCUAAAUGUAUUCGAUCAUUAUUUUAUUUUAAUAAUGAAUCUGUAAAUAUUUAUUCUCAUUUGAUCCCUUCAAUUGCAUACCUAUGUUUAUCUUUAUUUUUGAUAGAUACUUUUUUGAUUCCCAGUUUCCCAACUACUUCAACUUCAGAUUACGUUUUUAUUAAUGUCUUUUUAAUGGGUGCAUUCUUUUGUAUGCUUUGUAGUGGUUGUUUCCAUUGUUUAAAACAACAUUCCGAAAAAUAUAGUAAUUUUUGGAGUAAAUUAGACUAUUUAGGUAUCAUCAUAUUAAUUGCUUGUUCAAUGAUAUCUUUAGUCUAUUUUGGUUAUUUUGAUCAUCUAGCAUAUUUUAAAUUUUUUGUGGGUUUAACAUGUGUAUUAGCAAUCCUAUGUUCUAUGGUAGUAAUGCAUGAAAAAUUUAAUGUGGCUAAAUAUAGACCAUUAAGAGCUGGAUUUUUCGCUACAUUUGGUCUUUCAGGUAUUAUCCCAUUAGCUACAGGGUUUUAUAUAUUUGGAUUCCAUGGUGUUUUACAAAGAAUUAACCUUACUUUUGUCUUGUGGGAAGCAUUAUUUUAUAUUGUCGGAGCAACAUUAUAUGGUUUAAGAAUCCCAGAGAGUAUUUUACCAGGAAAAUUCGAUCUUGUUGGUAGUUCUCAUCAAGUUUUCCAUUGUUUGGUCGUUGCAGGUUCUGUAUGCCAUUUAAAAGCUGUCAUCGAAUCCUAUAGAUUAGUUCACUCCAACUUCAAGAAAUAG